AGAAGAACCCUUGGUCUCCGUGAUCCCGCCAUCCAUUCGUUUGGCCCCCGUGCUAAUCCGUGGUCAUGUCGAAGUUAAAGUGCUCGGAGUCGGUCAGGGUUGUCGUACGAUGCCGGCCCAUGAACAGCAAAGAGAAAGUGGCCUCCUAUGAACAGGUGGUGGAAGUGGACGUGAAAUUGGGGCAGGUCUCGGUGAAGAACCCCAAGGGGACAUCUCACGAGCUUCCAAAGACCUUCACCUUCGACGCCGUUUAUGACUGGAGCUCCAAACAGUUUGAGCUUUACGAUGAGACUUUCCGGCCGUUGGUGGACUCGGUCCUCCAGGGGUUUAACGGGACCAUUUUCGCUUACGGGCAAACCGGGACCGGGAAGACGUACACCAUGGAAGGCGUGCGUGGAGACGUUGAGAAGCGAGGGGUCAUCCCCAACUCCUUCGACCACAUCUUCACCCACAUUUCCCGCUCUCAGAACCAGCAGUAUCUGGUGAGGGCCUCCUACUUGGAGAUCUACCAAGAAGAAAUCAGGGACUUGCUCUCCAAGGACCAGUCCAAGAGGCUGGAGCUCAAGGAGAGGCCCGACACGGGGAUCUACGUCAAGGACCUCUCCUCCUUCGUCACCAAAAGCGUGAAGGAAAUCGAACACGUCAUGAAUGUCGGGAACCAGAACCGCUCGGUGGGCGCGACCAACAUGAACGAGCACAGUUCGCGCUCCCACGCCAUUUUCGUCAUCACCAUCGAAUGCAGCGAGGUUGGGCUGGACGGGGAGAACCACAUACGGGUCGGGAAGUUGAACCUGGUGGACCUGGCGGGCAGUGAGCGCCAGUCCAAGACCGGCGCCCAGGGGGAGAGGUUGAAAGAAGCCACUAAGAUCAACCUCUCCCUCUCUGCCCUGGGCAACGUCAUCUCUGCCCUCGUGGACGGCAAAAGCACCCACAUCCCCUAUCGGGACUCCAAGCUGACCCGGCUGCUCCAGGACUCCUUGGGGGGCAACGCCAAGACCGUGAUGGUCGCCAACAUCGGCCCCGCCUCCUACAACGUGGAGGAGACCCUGACCACUUUGAGAUACGCCAACCGUGCCAAGAACAUCAAGAACAAGCCACGGGUCAACGAAGACCCCAAGGACGCUCUCCUGCGGGAAUUCCAGGAAGAAAUUGCCCGCCUGAAGGCUCAGCUGGAGAAAAGGUCCAUCGUCAAGAGGAAGAAGAAGGAGAGGAGGAGAGACGGCGGCAUGGGCGAGGAGGAGGAGGAGGAAGAAGAGGAGGAGGAGGAGGAGGAGGAAGGGGAGCAGGAGGAAGGGGCGGACAAAGACGACUACUGGAAAGAGCAGCAGGAGAAGCUGGAGAUCGAGAAGAAGGCCAUCCUGGAGGACCACAGCUUGGUUGCCGAGGACAAGAUGAGGCUCCUGAAGGAGAAGGAGAAGAAGAUGGAAGACCUCAAACGGGAGAAGGAGGCCGCCGAAAAGCUGGGUGCCAAAAUCAAGGCAAUGGAGAGCAAGCUCCUUGUUGGUGGGAAGAACAUUGUGGACCACACCAACGAGCAGCAGAAAAUCCUGGAACAGAAACGGCAGGAGAUUGCUGAGCAG